AUGAAGGCCAGUGUGACUGAGUGACUGACUUAGCAGAGAGUUCAUCCCUUAUCCCAACUACAUCUAUUCAAUGAGAGAUCUCUAUCUAUAGCAGACACUUUCCCCUCCCUCAUCUCUCCCUGCCUCUGUUUGGGUUUCUCCACAGAGAGAAGCACCACUCCCUCUCCCAUCAUGAGUGAGCACGGUCUGUCUCCAGGGACCGUCAAUGGCUACUCUUCUUCCUCUUCCUCCUCCAUCCCCCAGCCCAAUGCAGGGAACAGCAGCAAGCUCUGGAGGAGUAAGUCCCUGAACACUAAGCACAGCGCCACCUCCUCCAUGCUGUCCGUCAAGCAGGACCCUCCCACCAGGCAGCCCGCGGCCCCACCCCUAGAGGUCCUCCCUAAAGUCAUCGCCCAGAAGUCCAUGCUGGAGAAACUCAAGCUUUUCAACAGCAAAGGAGGCUCCAGGGCAGCUGUAGUCCUGACUGACAGGCCGACGGGGCAGGAGACGGAGUCGAUGGCGUCGCGCCCCACCAGCGGUGACCUCCUGGAGGUGGCAGAGGGGAACUCCCUGCCACCCAGUGUCAUGGCAACCAGCCCCAAGCUGGCCCUGAAGGGCAUUGCCCAGCGCACCUUCAGCAGGGCCCUCACCCCCCGGAAGAGCUCUCUGAAGACUGAGGAGAAGGAGAAGGACAAGGCCAGGUCCAAGGAGAGGGACAAGGCCCGGGAGGGAGGCUCCAAGCGGGGGUCUGUCACAGAGCAGGAGGAACCCAGGGAUGACACAAGGCAGGAGGGAGGAGGUUCAGACUCAGCAGAGCCCAAGAGGAACACUAAGAUCACCAGCCUCAUCCCAAAAGGAGGCAAGGCUGGCAGUGGCAAAAAGGAGGGCUCAGCCCCAGCAGCACACUGCGGAAUACCAAAGCCAGGGUCCAAGGCAGGGAAGACCUCAGGGGCGCCCUCUUCUGGUCGAGAUGGAGACAGGCCCCACAGUGUGAGUGCCGGUGGGGGUGGUGGUCUCUCGGUGCACAAGGGCCAGCUGGACAGCAGAAGCUCCAGCUCCUGCUCCAGCCUGGCCUCCUCUGAAGGGAGGUCUCACCAUCAACACCAGCACACCAACGGAGCGCCCCCAGUGGCCUCCACAGCCAGCAACACCAUCAGUGUCCAGCUACCUCAUCCUCAGCAGCAAUACAACCACCCCAACACUGCCACUGUCGCACCAUUCAUGUACAGGUACUAUGCCCACUUUGAUGGACAGAAUUUGAGCUUUCAUAGUUUAAUAGUAGGAAUAUACCAAAAUGUCAAACGUUUUAUACAUACCACGUCUCAAACCUUUUAACUGACUGUAGGGAUCUGUGUAAGCGUAAAUUAUAGUCAAUGACUAAUUGGAGAGGACUGAACUACAUAUACUUAGUGGGAACUGUUUACUCCUGACGGAGCGCAGAGAGCAGCAGAAAGAGGCAGACAGAGAGGCUCUGGGAUAUCUCUUGUUAUUGCCUGUCGUCAUCCCUUAUUGUCUUGUUGUUGCUGCCCUGUCCUGUAGGUCUCAGCCUGAUGUGACUGGAGCAGACAUGAUGAUGGAGGCAGCGGGGUCACUGGAGGGUCACAGAGAGACUGCAGCCUACAGCAAGUCAGCAGACAACUCCCAGGAGGACCUCACAGGUAACACUGGCUCACUAUGA